GAUAUAUUUCACAAACAGUCAAGGCCGACAAAUACCUGUUCCAGCUGAUAUUAUUCUUAGAGAUUUGAUGGAAAAUCAAAAUGAACCAAUUCAUAAUAAUUCUUUUUAUAUUGUUUGGAUUACUAAUUAUAGUUUGUUUCGGAAUGGAGUUGAGAUUUUUAGACUAGAAAAUCAAAAACAACAGACUGUUAAGGGGGGAUUAGAUCUUGUGACUGAAGUAAUCGAGCCAUAG